CACACAGCUUCAGCUUUAAACUCUUCCACAUGAUCAUCGUCAUAAAAAGCCAGUGGAAGGCCCGUGUGUGGAGACUGACUGCGCUGUUUUGGAGUUUAUAGAGUGCAGACUGUGGGCAAACAGGCUCCACCAGCAGCAGCUCGGAUACAGCAAGAGGAACUCACCAGGCCUGCGCGCGCUCAUAUCAGCCUAUGAAGAGUGAAUGAAGGCAGGAUGCUUUGUGACUCUAUGAGCUUUUCACAGUACAUCCUGCUUUUAAUUAUGCUCAAGUGAGGACUCGUCCAAGACUAAUUCAUCAGCCGACCAGCAAGAGACUGAAGUGCAUGCGUGCGCGCUCCAGCACCGCCUGAGCCCCGUUAGAGGGAGCCCUAGCUCUGGGAGCGCGCGCUCCCCCCUCUCUCCUCUCUCCCCCCUCCGCGUGUGUAGCGGCCGCGCGCCGCUUCUGCUCCAUUAGCCAUGAGUCCCGCCGCAGCACGCGCUCUCCUCGCGCUCCUGCUUGCGCUCUGCGCCCUCAGCCCAUCGCUCACAGCCUUUAAACCGUUGCGUCCGCGCAACGUGAAGCUAACGUCGGUGGAUAAGGGCUUAAAGGUGACGUGGGAGCCACCUAACGAGUUGGACGGUCGACCAGUGGACCGCUACAGCAUCGGUUAUGGCAAGUCUAUGAAGUCUCUGCGCUUCAUCACGGUGGACAAGGACCGCCGCUCCGAGGUACUAGAGGACGUAGAGCCUGGAGUCCUGCACUUUCUCAAGAUAAGUGCUGAGAAUGAGGAGGGACUGAGUAAACCUGUCUACAGGGCAGAAACUCCAGGAGGAGGGGAGUGGGUAAAAUUGGAUGGCUUUGCUGUUGAAUCUUCCUCCAAUGGCUCCUCGACAGGGAGAAGGUUGUCAGAGAUCUCUUCCCAGACGAACCCUCACUCCUCAGUUCAGAGGUCAGCACUGCAGCAGAGGCCACCUCAGUCCUCCUCAGGCCAUGAGGGUCCACAAAGAGGAGGAUAUCUCCCCAUCCGUCCCCAACACAAACACAGAGUGGACCUCAGUCAGCCCCAAGCUGACCAGCGCAAUGCUAACAAGCCCAAACUCGCAUCUGAGUCCGUCUAUGUGGUAUCACUGCAGGCACAGAAAAGCCUACGGAGGAGUACACCAACCAACAAGGCCGCCAUGACCAAAAACCCUCCUCCAGAGCCGGAGGAAGUGGAAGAGGCAAAGGACGUCACAGUGAGAGUUCUGUCCCCCCAGUCUGUCCUCAUCACAUGGGUUGAUCCUCUUGUGGAGAAACAGAAGAGCAUCCCUGAAGGCACCAGGCAUUACACAGUGAGGUACAGAGAGAAAGGAGAAUCUGCUCGGUGGGAGUAUAAGGAGACCACCCAGAGGCGAAUCGUCAUUGAAUCGCUCACUGCAGAUGGAAUGUAUGAGUUCUCUAUUCGAAUCUCCCAGAGAGACCAGCAAGGAAAGUGGAGCGCAUCUGUAUUCCAGAGGACUCCUGAAUCAGUUCCCUCUGGACCUCCUGAGAACUUCGAGGUGAAACCACUUAGAGGAAAAGGCACUGCUGUCACAGCAACAUGGGAUCCACCUGAGGAACCCAAUGGUAAAAUAAGAGAAUAUAUUCUCUCCUAUGCUCCAGCCAUGAAACCCUUUGGAGCAAAGUCAGUCACAUACCGUGGCACUACCACCUCUGCAACCAUUGAUGGACUGAUUCCAGGCGAUCGCUAUAUCUUUAAAAUUCGGGCAGUCAACAGGAAAGGACAAGGACCUCAGUCUAAGGCCUUCAGUGUUGCAAUGCCUGGCACCAGCAGUACUGCUUCAAGACCUUCUACCCCUUCCAAGAGCACUACCAGGACACCACAUGAUGACUUGGAGCAUGAUGUAGAAGAAAUGGAAGAAAUUGAUGCCCACACCACUACUACUCCACCUACAACCAAGAAAGCUCGACCACUCUCUCAGACACGGUCUUAUCAUAGCAUUUUCUCUGCUGUAAGGGGUUCUGUCAGAAAUUCAGGUUCUGGCUCAAGGAUGACCUCAAGGCUAUCCCAAUCCAGAAGUAGCAAUAAAGAACUGGAUGAGGAAGAAACACCAACAGACACUCCCAAAGAAGAUAAUGCAAAUGAAGCUGUUGAGGACACACAACCAGAAAUUACUAACAAUGUCCCUUCAAAGACUGAACAGGAAGGACCCAAAAAAGUUCCACCUGAAGCCAAGGAAACAAGCUCAGUUCUCAAAAGUUCGUUACCCAACACACAGACUUCAUCUCCAAAAUCUUCCUCGCCUGACUCUCUACCUAAAACAUCAGAGGGCCUUCGCUAUACCCAUUCUCGCUUAAGACGACCGAGUUCCCGCGGUUCUGGGUCACUGUCAAGUACUCAGAGUGGAGUUAACCAAGAGUCUGCAGCCACGAGGAAAGACUACACAGCCAGUUCUUAUCCAAAAGGAAAGGAUUUGUACAAGAUCGGCAUUACAGAUGCAAAAUCAUCCACCCCAUCUCCUCAGGAAACCAGACCUGAAACAGACAGAGGGUCUUCAUCAUCAGCUUCUACCUCUGAUGUUUCCUCUUCAUCAUCAUCAGCCUCAUUACCAUCAUCAGCAUCUGGGACAGCAAGUCAUGGCAGUGGUACAGUAUCUGGGUCUGUUCAUCCUUCUAGCAGAAGGGUCGGAAUCUCAACUAGGGGUAACAGACCGAAGCCUGGUUCUUCAUCUGCUACUUCAUCACAAUCCACAGCUGCAACAGGAUCCAGAACGUCUGACAAAAGUGAUAGCCACUCUACAAGCAUUCAGGAUACAAAAGAUGCCAAAGAAAGUUAUCAACCUAAACAAAAAGAAGUAGAGUCUAAAAGUAAUGAAUCACAACCUUCAUCUUAUCAACCUGCCACUACAAAUUCCUUCUCACCCAAAGAGGAGAGUCCACAGGAAAAGGACAAAAGUGAUGGCAGUCAUGCAAACACACCUCACCUUCCUUCUAGAGCAAACCCCUCUCUCAUAGGACGAGGUUCUUCUGCGGCAAAUAGAAAUUCCAGAAUAAUAGCGGGUAGUCGAAGACAAGAUGGUAGGAUCCCAUGGAGCAGAACUGCCUCUUCUGUAGGUGCAGGGAGGCCAAUCAUAAGAGGAACUUCAUCUCGUUCAUCUGUUUCAGGAGCGCAGGACAGCAGUGAUAAAACCACACCUUCCCCCACAACCUACCCCUCAAAACAAGAAGUGGAUCCUACCACUGCAGCACCCACAGCCUCACCCUCUAAUGAUCACAUACAUAGUGACAAUUCAAAGACUAGCAAUGAUCAUGAAGAUGAUUACCUUUAUGAGGGCAGCAGGGAAGUUGACAAUAAAGAUGUUGUCCCAACUGCACCUCCUAAAACUUCUGUAUCAGAACCUUUACAAACCUCUAAGGAUGGUUCUCAGUCUGUUCCCCGCAGACCUGUUUUGGGUUCAAAUGGAAGGUUUCGUUCUCCUGUCGUAGCAAGUCGUCUAAACGGGUCACAGUUCCCUGGUAGGUUGCAACCCGUACAACAUACACGGUUGGGCUCCCCUGCUAAACAAGACACCUCUUCUUCAUCCAUUUCAACUUCUUCAUCCUCUUCUGCCUCCCAGACCAUGCAACAGCCAGCCCUUACUUCACACCGAGGCACAGGUAUUAGCAGUAAUGCUAAUGGUAGGUCAACUCUGGGAUCAGUCCCGCGCUCACCCCUGAGGCAAUCUCCCACUGUUGAAAGCUCAAGUGGCAACACAGCAGCUGAUUCCAAGACCUUGUCAGCUUCAGCCCGUAAUCCAGUGGUGGGAUCAAGACUGCGUUACCCAAGCAGAUCGGACACCAUUUCAAGAGGGAAAACCCCAGUCAGCGGUUACAAACCUAGUUAUGGGCAAGGAAAAAAUGGACGACCAAAUCUUACAGCCACAAAUGGCAAAAAAUCUUCUACACCAGAUGAAAAUGCAAAAGCAAAUGGAGUCAAACAUAUCACAGGCCCUGAUGGAACCAGAUGGGUUGUAGAUCUGGAUAAAGGGGUCUUAAUGAAUGAAGAUGGGAAGGUUUUGCAGGAUUCUAGAGGCCGACCCAGGAAAGUAGUCCUCGGAGAAGACGGAAAAACUAUUUUUGAUGAGCAGGGCUCUCCAUUAGUAAACCAGGAGGGUGUGGCUCUGUUUGGUCAUGGGAGAGACAGUCGGCCUGUGGUUAACCCCAAAGAGAAGUACCUCACUGUGGGAGGGAAACCAGUGGUGGGCCUGGAUCGUCCAAAACCCAGUACUACAACUACAACCACAACAGCCACAACUACAACUACAACCACCACCACCACCACCCCCACAACCACUCCUGAACCUACCACAACUGAAAUGACAACUCUGGAGCCCACAACCACAGACGCCUAUCCUACCUGUCCCCCUGGAACAUUUUCAAGGCUGGAUAAGAAUGGCUUCCCUAUUAUGGAUAAGGAUGGGAUACUGGACUGCUACCCAGAUGAAGCUGGCUCAGGAAUGGGACUAGACUCCAUGGUUACAAUCACCAUGGCACCCGAAGAUGCUUUUGCUAUAGAGGAAGGCGAGUUUUGGAGGGAUACGACGAUGCUCUCAACCACCACUGAGCAGCCAACCACUACUGAGCAGCCUACCACCACUCAACUGCCUACCACCACUCAGCUGCCUACCACCACUCACCCCCCCAUCUCUGAGAAUCCACGCCCACUCAACAACACCCCAUCCUCGGAGUUUGACGUCUUGGGCAAAAAACGCUUCACAGCUCCUUAUGUGAACUACAUCCGGAAGGACCCUGGUGCUCCAUGCUCCCUGACAGAGGCUCUGGAGUACCUGCAGGUGGAUGUCCUGGCCGAUCUUAUAGAGAAAGACAGCUUGGCAGCCAGUCAACAGCAGCCACCCAAACACAAACCACAUAACAUCACGGUGGUCGCCAUGGAGGGCUGUCACUCGUUUGUUAUUUUGGACUGGGCCCGCCCAUUGAAGGAUGACAUGGUGUCAGGGUACAUGGUGCACACUGCUUCCUAUGAUGAUGUCCUCAACAACAGAUGGUCAUCUCUCCUCUCAUCUGGCACCCACCUACCUGUGGAGAACCUCAAGCCAAACUCCAGGUACUACUUCAGAGUUCAAGCGAAGAACGUUUUUGGUCUAGGGCCGAUCAGUGAGACGUUAACAUAUGUUACAGAAUCAGAUGACCCCCUUCUUAUAGAGAGACCCCCAGGUGGCGAGCCUAUUUGGAUUCCUUAUACCUUUAGAUACAACCCAGCCCACAGCUCCUGUAAAGGAAGUCAAUUUGUAAAACGCACCUGGUACAGAAAGUUUGUGGGCGUGGUCCUCUGCAAUUCACUGCGCUACAAGAUCUUUAUGGGAGAUGGCCUAAAAGAAAGUUUCUACAGUAUCGGUGAUACAUUUGGCAAUGGAGAGGACCACUGUCAGUUUGUAGAUUCCUAUCUAGAAGGAAGGACAGGACCUCACAGCCUCUCCCUCUACCUGCCCACAGCUAAAGGUUACUAUCGCUCAUAUAGGCAGGAGCCUGUAAAUUUCGGGCCCAUAGGCAAGCGCACGCCUCAUCCUUUCGUGGGCUGGUACGAGUGUGGUGUCCCAAUCCCGGGGAAAUGGUAACGGAGGACUUUCUGAAAGCCAGACACCACUGGCAUCUACAUUCCAUCUUCCUUCCCUCUCUGUAUGCCAAUUCCAUAAAUGAACUUUUGCUCACCAUGGCAACUGAAGCCAAAACAACAUACUGUUUCUGACAGAGAGAAUAUAAUACUUAAAAUAACACGUUUCUAUAUAAUUAUUCAGAUAUCAAGCACUUUUUUUUUCAAGGCAGUCUGUAUAUGAGGAAAUACAAGCAUGUGUGCUCAAAUUAUUAAUAACGGUUCAGGGACCUAGUAUCCUCAAUAAUUCCCAAUGAUUGAGAAUGGCUUCUGAUGUUAUUUCUGUCUGGAAUAAUUUAUCAUAGUAUGACUCAAUAAGUAGCCUUUAAUAGGACAUGUAAUACAGAACACAAGCCCGACUAAGCAAUGACUGGGGAUUGCUGAAGCCUCACAAAUACAGUGACCUAUAUGUUAAUGAUGUAACAAAUUUUCCAUGAUUGAUGUUUCUUUGUAGUUUUUAAUGACUUUGCUAGUUUUGUACUCAUUUUUGUAUCAUCUUACAUUCAACAACAGUUGGCUUGGAAGUAUUGAAGAUGAAAAGUUAUUUCCAUUUGCUCAGGAAAGGUUGAAAACUGAAUAAAGGUGCUAUGGAAAA